AACGUGGGCGCGAGAAUCGCCCAGACCUGAGAGGUCCCCAGCCCGAGGGCUGUGCGCUCUCCAGUCGGGUCGUGCCCGUCCGCUCCGGCCCGUCUUCGGCCCGCGUUACAGCUCGCCUCCUGCUGUCCCAAGGGGCUCGGGUUGGGGGCCUAAGGUCCCCGGGGUUUUGCAGCACGGCUCCCGGUGGCUGCCUGUGAAGAUGCCUGGGAGGAAGGCGCGUAGGAGCGUGCAGCCGAGCCCUGCGCGGGCCCCGGCAGGCCCUGCGAGGACCACUGCGACCGAAGUGGAGUGUGCCAUUCAACUCAGGAGGUUUGGAGACAAACUGAAUUUCCGGCAGAAACUUCUGAAUCUGAUAUCCAAACUCUUCCGCUCAGGAACCUGACUGUUUUGGAAGCUUUUGAAUGAGGAGUUUCCUUUAAAACGGAAGAUUCCCCAGUAGGUGCAAAUUUCAUCAGUUAGAGGAAAUGCCUUCUAAUGGAGACGAUUGGGAGGGAUAUCUCACUUGCUUUUUGGAUGCCCUUGGAAACCAAGAUGGAAUACAUCAAAGACGGAUUUCUGUUGGAGAUUUCCCAGAAGUCAUUGUUUUGGGUUGCGAGGACGUUAUAAAACCAUUUUGUUUAUUUUAAAGCAAGAAUGGUGCAGCUUUGAAAAACAUGGAAUUAAUUACUUAUACAUUUUGUUUUCACUUCGAAGAUUAUUCUGGUAAUUUUGCUGAAGGUUGCUGUCCAGUCCACUGGAAGCGGAGUUGGCAAAUGAAUAGACUGUGGGCAGGGGCAAAGAAACGGAAUGUGUUCAGUGUUGGGUUUUAUUUUUGGAUGACAACUCCACAAAGUGUUGUAUAAUAUUUGCUUUAUAUAUUAUCUUGUUAAAAGUAAAGAUUUCAUUCUGAGAACACUGAAUGUCAGAGAAUGCGGAUUCCAUAGGUCACUACAAAAUAUAAAAUGAUUUGAAAGCUUGUUUCUUUUGACUCAAAAAUGUAUGGACACAAAAAUGUAUCUGUUCAGGCGACCCUUCCUUGAAUUAUGUUUCUGUGAGUCUUAACCGCAAAGUCUGUACUUGGAAAAAUGUGAUGGAGGUGUUACUUGGUGCCAGUAAGAUUCUUGCAGGUAGAAUGUUAAAACAUAAAAAGUACGGGGAUUUUGUAGAAUGAGAAAUAAUGGGGGAGAAAAAGCAAUUUAGACUUUUUUACUGCUGUAAUUAACACUUAGUAAAACAAGUAUUCUACAGUAACUUGAUAAGAUGAAUGUGUUUCUAAAGAAGUUUCUAAAAUCUGUAAAAUGCCCUUUCUCAGAUUAGUCAGUGUAUGUCUUAUAAGAAGUGCCCUUUUAAGAGAAAUUAAGCAUGUUUUACAUAGUUGGGAUAUACUUUUUUUAAAAAAAGAGAACGGGAUUGCUCAUCCAGAAUAAAAAUGCCAUAUAUGUGUAAUUUGCAUUAGAAUAAUAUGUAGAUUCUGAGAAAGGUUUCAUGAAUUUCACUUUUUUAUUGUUAAAAGGUCAGGCUGUCAACAAAGUCCCCAGAUAUAUAAAAAAAGAAAUAAUAAUGUCAUGAUUGAAUUUCCGUAAGAAUAAUCUUAUUUAUUUUACCUAUUUAUGAUUAAAGUAUUUUUUUGUUUAGUUUGAAAAUGUCUAUUAGUUAAAGUUACAUUUUUAGGUUAUGAGACAAGGCUUUCAUAACCACUUGAACUUUACAGUGAGAAUGUUUUGCUAUAGGGUAUGGUCACUUUAGACGAAACAUUACCUCAGCAUCUGUUUUUUCUUCAGUAUUAUUUAGUCGCAAAGAUGCUUUUUGUCUGUCUAGAGGCAGAUAUUUUGCCAUUUGGGUAUUUAUGGUCUGUAACUGUAUUUAUACAUACAAAACUUGGAUACUGUAGCAGUAAACUAUUAAAAAUUAUCACCA